GCAGCAAGAUCCGCAUACAUGGAGGAGGAGCUGAAAAAGGCCGAAAGCUGAGGGAACCACCACCCACUCAUGAACUGCCCUCAACUCACACACACACACACACAAACUAACAUCCGAUCAUCAGCAAAGAAAAAAUGGAGAGCUUGGACGAACGGAAAGCAAGCAUCGAGAUACUCGCUCGAUGGCUCAAAGACGAACAGAUCCCGUAUCCCAACAGCUGGCACCAACAGAGAGAAACGAGGCUCAAGUAGAACAAGACGAUCGAAUCCAGGAGACUCUCAAGAACAUCAUCUCUUGUGGUACUCAUCCAGAAACCGAUCAACAAACAUCUGUCGAACUGCUCGCUUUAACCUCCAAGGCUUUGCAGAAACUGGCCACUCAGAUCCAGAUCGACUCCACGAUAUACUAUAAUCCAAGGGAACUACCACCAUCCCAAGAGUUGAGCCGAACUCAGACCGCAUCCAUCGAGAUCCUGGGACGCAAAAUCCGUCUGAUCUCGACCCUGACCGAUCUCCUAGAAAAAAAGAUCAUUCCCGAAGACUCAAGCAGAGAUCAAGAUGAGAUCCUCCUGUUGGAAUCCAACUUCGAGUGUCGCUGUGAAAUGAUCUAUCGGCUGUCGUGUUGGUGUUCGAUGGGCUAUUCGAAUGAUGAGUGGGAGCUACGAGCCGAGCAUCGCGACAAGAUUAUGAGGACGAUCGAUCGACUCUGGCGACUGCCUCACUCGAUCGAAAAAGUGCCGCUUCGAGGAUGGAACAUCAACCUAGAGAUCGCAUACAUCAUCUUGGAGAAACAGAUCAAGCCUCUUUUUGCCCGCCAACACCUACUCUCGUCGCGCCAUCUCAACCCUGCUACUGGCCGAAAGAUCGAGCGCAAACAGGACCAUCUCUUCGCUCCCAGGUCGGAUUCGCUUGAUGAGCCGCUCUGGAAACUUGAAGGGAUUGGGUUUUGGAAUGCCAUCUGUCUCUUAUUAGAACGAUUGCAUCAGGAUCCAGGAUUGAAGGAAAUCUGGCCGCUCCUCAUCCCCCCCAUCAUCACCUUGGCCGAAUCCAGUAUCCCUCGGUAUCGGCUGAGAGGGAUCCAAUUAUCGAUCGCUUUACUGGAAGAUGUACCACCGUUAAUAAUCUGCCAAACGGGCAUUAACUCAAUCCUCCAGAACGCAUUUUCGACGACGUUCAGUCUGCUGAACAUUGAGCAAACCCAUGCAUUAUUGAGCAGCGGAUUUGAAGCGAGCAAGAGAUUGAUCGAAGUAGAAUGGAGGGCGAGUGGCCAGACACGGGAAGCCCAAGCCGCUCGAUACGAGCAACUUAACCGGCUCCUCGCGGAGGCCAUCUUCAACCCUCUCGCCUUCUGUAAAAGUCACUCGACUACUUCCCACAUCGACCUGCAUCUUUUCGCUGUCACUCGGCUGGCUGAAAUCGCCAGAGAACUUGGCUUUGGAAUCGCUCGAUAUGUCCGAGUAUGUCACCCCCACUAUAAUCUCCAUACUUACAUAAAUCAUUCUUAAAUUCUUGGGAUUUCUUGCUGCUUUUUCGGUGACAUUGAUCGAGGUCAACGAGUUGAUCGGCUUAUUAUUCAAGACUUGUCGCGAGGUGAUCGAGGAAUGGCGGAGCAGAUUGAUCGUAGUCUUUUCGACGUGUUGGAUCGAAUGGACUUCCUCCUCCUCCUCUGAAGAUGAUCAUCCACUGAAUGAGAACAACAACAACAACAAGCCUUCCGAUCCAUCUUCGUCCUUCUCUAACAACAAUAAUCGUCGAUUGAUCUCGGAAGAACAAAUCGACUCGCUUCACCGAUCCAUCAUCCGUCACACUUUCAUGAGCUUCAUCAACCCAACGGCCCAUCCUGAUCAUCCUCGUGAUGCUGGUGUAUGUGGGGUUGCCAAUGACGUCGAUCAUCCACUCAGCGAUCCGCUCUUGCAGAUGAUCAACUCCAUCCAACAUUCUCAUCCUUCGUUGACUCGAUUCUUUGCUCCUCUUUUCACGUCUCCUUGAUUCUUAUCCUCUUCGGGUGUUUAGCAAUUUUUGUUUUGUUUUGUUUGUUUGUUGAGUGUUAUCAAAAUAUCAUACCCAGUGUGUCGUUCUAUUCUAUAAUCACUGUGUAUCUGGCGAUGAUCUGAUUGUCAAGGAGCGGCUAUGUACCGUAGAUCACCGUACGUUUUGAUGCUUCACUGAUUGGCUGAUUAUUGUACCACAGAAGAUGGCCAUGGAGACUGGUUAAGGGGGGCGCAUUUUGAUCUUCUUGUCAUCACAACC